GGUUAAUAUAUGUUCCUAAAGUUCUUCAGCUUAUAAAAGGGAGCUUUACACCAGGCAAAGACAUGAAAUGGCAUACAAGGCGUUUUUUCUCCUCGGCCUCUUUCUUAGCACAUUAGCAUCAGUUACUUUUGCGGAAGCUGUUGCAGCUAUUCUGGAUGUUUCUUCACUCAAUCGAAGCAGCUUCCCACAAGGCUUCAUUUUUGGGACAGCAUCCGCGGCGUACCAGUAUGAAGGUGCAGCAAAAGAAGACGGUAAAGGAGCCAGUAUAUGGGAUACUUUCACCCACAAAUAUCCAGAUAAAAUACAAGAUAGAAGCAAUGGAGAUAUCGCAGUUGAUCAAUAUCACCGUUACAAGGAAGAUGUUCAAAUCAUGAAAUAUAUGAAUUUGGAUGCAUACAGGUUCUCCAUCUCUUGGUCUAGAAUCCUCCCAAAAGGAAAGCUUAGUGGAGGUAUAAACCAAGAAGGAGUCAAAUACUACAACAACCUUAUCAAUGAACUGCUAGCUAAUGGUCUACAACCAUUUGUGACCCUUUUUCAUUGGGAUCUUCCCCAGACUUUGGAAGACGAGUAUGGCGGCUUCCUAAGCCCUCGCAUUAUAAAUGAUUUCCAAGACUAUACAGAACUUUGUUUCAAAGAAUUUGGAGAUAGGGUGAAGCAUUGGAUUACUAUAAAUGAGCCAUGGAGUUAUAGCAUAUUUGGUUAUGCAACUGGGAUGAUGCCGCCAAGUCGAUGCUCUAAAUGGCUAAAUCCAAAUUGCAUGGAUGGUGAUUCAGGGAAAGAGCCUUAUUUAGUUUCACAUCAUUUACUUCUUGCUCAUGCAGCAGUUGUCAAAAUGUACAAGAAAAAGUAUCAGGCAUCUCAAAAAGGAGUGAUAGGCAUAACCAUAGUGUCUAAUUGGUUUGAGGCAUAUUCAAAUAACAAAUUAGAUAAAUAUGCUGCCCAACGAGCAAUUGAUUUCAUGUUUGGAUGGUUUAUGGAACCAUUGACAUCAGGAAAUUAUCCACAAAGUAUGCGUUCUCUACUUGGUAGACGAUUGCCAAAGUUCACUAAACAACAAGUCAAGCUUAUCAAUGGCUCAUUUGAUUUUCUUGGCCUAAACUAUUAUACCUCUAACUAUGUUGUCAAUGCACCUAAGUUAAGCAAUGGCAAACCUAAUUACGCUACAGAUUCUAAUGCCAAUCUUACAACUCAACGCAACGGGACUCCUAUAGGUCCAAUGGCGGCUUCAAAUUGGUUAUAUGUGUAUCCCAAAGGAAUUAGAGAAUUGUUGCUCUAUACCAAAGAAAAGUACAACAAUCCUUUAAUUUAUAUCACUGAAAAUGGCAUUGAUGAGUUCAAUGAUCCAACCUUGUCCCUUGAGGAAGCCCUUUUAGAUUCUUUUAGAAUAGACUAUCAUUAUCGUCAUCUCUUUUAUCUUCAUUCAGCAAUUAGGGAUGGCGUAAACGUAAAAGGAUAUUUUGCAUGGUCAUUGCUGGACAACUUUGAAUGGAACAAUGGCUAUAAAGUGCGAUUUGGAAUAAACUUUGUAGAUUACAAAAAUGGUUUGAAGCGAUAUCAAAAGCUCUCAGCAAAAUGGUUCAAAAAUUUUCUUAAAAAAUAUUAGACCUUGUAUACCUUAAGGGUCCAAUAAAAAAAUAAUGAAACAUGUUAAAGUUAACUAUAAACUUUUGUGUUUGUGCUUUCCUUAAAAGGAAAUUAUAACCCCUUAAUCAUUCCUUUUUUUUAUGC